UCAAAUCGUAACCGUCCCGCCAGUAGGUUUCUUUUCAAAGCCUCUCCCUCUCUCUCUAUCUUUCGUCCAGUGCGUUGUAUUUCUAGUUUUCCACGAACAACGAUUAGUACAAGUAGAGAAGAUAGUUGGGUCAUUUCUGGUUUCCAUUCACUAGUUUUUCUAUUCUUGGGAAAAAUCUAAAAGUAUUUCCAGGGAAACUAUUAAUACAUACGACUACUAAGUAUGAUAUUAUACGUUGGAGGAUAGAUUCUGUUGCUUUAAUAUCUGCCUUCUCCAAAGAUAUGCCAGUCUUCACUUUUGGUAAUUCUGAAUUGCGUACUUCUUUUUCCAGGGAUCUGUUUUUGUUGUUAGCGGUUCAAUAUUUAGUUCACGUAAAUUUCUGAGUUUGUGUUUUCACCCAUGGCGGCUUGGAGCAAAGUGGGAUCGCUUUUCUCUUUUCUGAAUUUCCAGCGUAUAUUGCAGCAACGGCGGCAAGAACGGCAGCAACAGCCACAGUCAGAGAGAAUAAGAGAGGUUCAGAUUGGUAGACACCCUAUCAAAACACAUGGAGCCAAAGUCGCAAGGGAUCACUUGCAUGAUUGGCUAAUAUUGAUGCUUCUUGUAGUAAUAGAGGUUGUUCUGUUUAUAAUCCAUCCAUUUUACCGCUUCGUUGGAAAGGAUAUGAUGACUGACCUCAAGUAUCCCAUGAAACAAAACACGGUGCCGGUGUGGGCUGUCCCUAUGUAUUCCGUUUUAUUACCAAUCUGUGUAUUCCUUGUCGUCUAUCAUCGUAGGAGAGAUGUCUAUGAUCUGCACCACAGCGUUUUAGGCCUCUUGUUUGCUGUGCUGAUUACAGCUAUUGUCACCGAUGCAAUAAAAGUUGCUGUUGGUCGGCCACGACCAGACUUUUUCUGGCGUUGCUUUCCUGACGGGAAGGAUAAUUAUGAUCAAUGGGGUAAUGUUAUCUGCCAUGGCAACAAAGCAGACAUAAAGGAAGGACAUAAGAGCUUCCCAAGCGGCCAUGCAUCAUGGUCUUUUGCAGGGUUAGGUUAUCUCUCACUGUACUUAUCUGGAAAAAUCAAGGUAUUUAAUCGCGAAGGGCAUAUAGCCAGACUCUGCAUCAUUUUUCUUCCUCUGCUCGCCGCAUCUCUUGUUGCCGUUUCUCGAGUUGAUGACUAUUGGCACCAUUGGAACGAUGUGUUUGCUGGUGGCUUUCUAGGCCUUGUCGUGGCAGCAUUUUGCUACCGGCAGUUCUUCCCAAACCCAUAUGAGGAUGAAGGAUGGGGCCCGUAUGCUUAUUUUGAUGCAUUACUGGAGGAGGCAAAUGCCAAUAGAGAGGCUGCCCAGACUACAAAUGCCGAUAGAGAGGCUGCCCAGACUACAAAUGCCGAUGUAGAGGCUGCCCAGACUACAAAUGCCAAUAGAGAGGCUGCCCAGACUACAAAUGCCGAUAUAGAGGCUGCCCAGACUACAAAUGCCAAUAGAGAGGCUGCCCAGACUACAAAUGCUAAUAGAGAGGCUGCCCAGACUACAAAUGCACUUAUCGUGCAGAAGAUGGAGGUACAAGCUGUGAAUCAAACAUCUGGAUCAAAUGGUGAUAACUUUUCAUCACCACCUUUAGUUUCAUCCCCAAGCUGGAGAUUAGACGAUAUCGAAUUAGGAAGGAGGUGAAGGUGCAUGUAUAUCUCCUGUUCUAGAUUGGCAUGUAUAUCUAAGGAAGUAAAUGACAACAUUAUAUAUGUCAACCAUAUAUUCUAGUUUAGCAAAUUAAAUAGGAUCAUAAUGUUUGAUUUUCGUGAAUACGAGAGUGAUUUUUUGUUGAUUUCUA